AUGACUGAAGUAGCCAGGAAACCACAGGAACCUAUAACAUUUAUUAUACAAUCAAACCCAAGGAUAAAAAAUAAGAAUAGGAAGCCCCCCUGUCAGCCAAGAUCCAGAAGUGGUGUCAAGAUGCCAAAGAUAACUGUGGAGGCUAAAAGACCUCUUCAAGAGAAUUCAAGAAAUAAGUCUCAAACAUUUGUAACUCACUCAAAAAAGCUUAAAAAGACAAGAAAGCCAACAAUAUCCAUCUGUCAUUAUAUGCUUAAUAAGAAACAAAGUCAAAAUAAAAUAAAAAAUAAAAAUAAGAGACAGAAGCAAAAGAAGAGCCACAAUCAAAAGAGAAGGAAUCAGAAUAA